CUUCCCAGAUGUUGAACGGGUAGAAUGGCUGAACAAGAUUGUUGAACAAUUCUGGCCCUAUUUUGGAGCAAUUAUGGAAAAGACAUUUAAGGAAAUCCUUGAACCCAAAAUCAGAGGAAAGAAUGUACAUCUGAAAACAUGUACAUUUACUAAAAUCCACCUUGGAGAUAAGUGCCCUAAAAUUAAAGGAGUGAAAACCUAUACCAAAGAAGUUGAUCGAAGACAAGUAAUCCUGGACUUGCAAAUAUGUUAUAUAGGGGAUUGUGAAAUUCACAUGGAAAUCUCCAAGCUUAAAGUAGGAGUGAAAGGGCUACAGUUGUACGGAACAUUACGAAUAAUUCUGGAGCCCCUUCUGACAGAUAUACCCUUUUUUGGAGCUGUAACCAUGUUUUUUCUUCAGAAACCUCACCUGGAAAUCAAUUGGGCGGGGCUAACAAACCUGUUGGAUGCUCCAGGCAUUAGUUUAUUGUCAGACUCGCUAAUUCAAGAUCUCAUUGCUGCCCGAUUGGUGUUGCCAAAUAGACUCACAGUCCCAUUGAAAAAGAACAUGAAUGUGGCUCAGUUGCGGUUUCCUAUUCCACGUGGAGUCCUAAGAGUGCAUCUUUUGGAAGCCGAAAAUCUUGUCCAAAAAGACAACUUCCUUGGAGCAAUUAGGGGCAAAUCAGACCCUUAUGCUCUCCUUCGUGUCGGCCUGGUACAACUCCGGAGCAAAACAAUACAAAGAGACCUGAAUCCAAUCUGGAAUGAAAUGUUUGAGUUUGUUGUUCAUGAGGUACCUGGCCAAGAUCUAGAAGUUGAUCUUUAUGAUGAAGAUCCAGAUAAAGAUGAUUUUUUGGGCAGCUUGGUUAUAAACCUUGUAGAUGUGAUGAAAGAUAAAAUUGUUGACGAGUGGUUUCCCUUGAGCAAGAUAACAAGUGGGCAUGUCCACUUAAAGCUCGAGUGGUUUUCUCUGGUCACCAAUCAAGAGAAACUUAGUGAGGGUAAGAAUGGUCUUUCCACUGGAAUCCUUAUCGUGUAUUUGGACAGUGCUUUAAACCUUCCUAAAAAUCAAUUGGAAUAUUCCAACGGUGAGCAUGUAACAAAGAAAUACAGAAAAGACAGAUAUCUCAAGAAGAUAGAAAGAGAACCUUCUUCCUUUGUCCUGCUCACAGUGGGCAACAAAACUCACAAAAGCAAGACUUGUAAUUUCACUAAAGAUCCUGCAUGGAGGCAGGCCUUCACUUUCUUUGUUCAUGGUGCCCCAUCUCAGUCUCUUCAUUUGGAGAUCAAAGAUAAAGAGAAGGAGAAUGCCCUUGGGACUUUGGUGAUUUCUCUUGCUCGCUUAUUAAAGAACCCUGAGAUGACACUUGAACAAAAUUUUCAACUGGAUCAUUCUGGUGUGGACAGUUCUAUUAAGCUGAAAAUUGUGCUGAGAGCCCUGCACAUAGAGGUACCUGAUUCAGAAAACACCAAUAAUGGGGCUAAUGCCUUCAAACCAGUUCCUGCUUCAGCCCCGGAACAGAAUGAGGACCAAAACAAGGCACAGCUGCCACCACCACCACCUCCUCCUCCUCCUCCUCCUCCUCCACCACCACCGCCACCAGUAGAACUGCCCAAGGCAGUCCAAGGGAACAAAGAAUCUGAUGUUCCUGAAUGCAAAAAUGACAACGUGGGCAGUAAUGCUAAACCUAAUGGAAAUGAGAAGUUGUCAGAGCCCAUUGUCAUAGAAGCAAUUGCUGGAAUCAAUGAGCAAGGAGUUACAGGUGGAUUGAACCCCAAGUGCUUGACACUUCCAGAGACCACUCGAGUGCCCCCAACAUUGCCAGCUCUGCAGAGACUCCAGAUUGCCCCCAGCCUUGCCUCUCUAGGCACGGAAGCCUCUUCAAUCAUGGAUAUAACUUGCAGCAAUCUGAACCUCAAUAAUGGGACACUUUCUGAUGGAAGGUCUAUGGGAGAGAUUCAUAUCACUGUCCGGUAUGCUUUCUUAAGGCAAUCCCUCAUUGUGUUGGUCAACUCAUGCAGAAAUUUAGUGCAAUGCUCUCGGCAUGGAGCAUAUCCAUAUGUUCGCAUCUACUUGCUCCCAGACAAAAGAUGGAUAACCCGAAGAAAAACUACUGUGAAGAAAAGAACAUUGAAUCCUCGGUACGAUGAGAAAUUUGAAUUUAAUGACACCUUGGAAGAUAUUAAGAAACGGGCCUUAGAUGUUGCUGUGAAAAACAGAAAGUCACUUAUUUCACAUGAAAGGAAAGAACUUGGAAAGGUGCUGAUUGACUUGUCAAAGGAAGAUUUAGUCAAGGGCUUCUCCCAAUGGUAUCAGUUGACAAUAAAUGGACAGCCCGAGAGUUGAUUCCUUCACACCUGAUCAACAGCACACUUCAUGUAUAUUUGGAACUUUGAAGGCCACUAUAAGAUUUUGUAAAUGUUUAUAUUUCAAUAAUGCUUAAUUUAUUUAACACAUUACUAUCAAUUUCUUAAAAUGCUGACUUUUUCGAGGGAUGAAUUUGGCAUCAUCCUGCAUUUAACCUUUAAGGGCAAAGUUUGUAGCAAUAAAUGUGUACUUGAGGAGUUCCCCAAUUGAUUGACCAAAGACAGGCGGCAUCCUGAGGCAGAGGGUUCCGCAUUCCAUAUUCUCAGGUUUUAACUGACCAAGCACUGUUUGUUGCUGCUUAGUUUUUUUCCUCCCCAAGGUCUGUCCCACCACAUAAAGAGCCACAAGUAAACCAGGGUCCACAUCCCUUUGAAAUCACAUUGACAAGUAUGCUAGUUUUGCGUACAGAACAUACUUUUUAAAAUCUGGAUUGAAUCCUCUUUUUCUGGGAGAUGAGACCAAAAAAAAAUCCUUCAUCCCUGCAGCUAGAGUCCUUCAAGCAGCAUUUCCUCACAUUUCAUUGAAUUCUGUUUGAAAGGAUCCUGAUUCUUUUUGAAGGAUCCAAGGGGUUAAAGAAAAAGCAUGUCUGGCAAAGAGGCCAGUGCUCCAGGUAUGUAAUCAUUGCCUUAAUUUUUGUACAUAAAACAGACUAUGUUUUGCAUUAUUUAUGCCAAAGAAUCUAAUUCAGAAACUGUUUAAAUUGCAGGUGUAAUGUGCUUUUAAAUAAUAAACUAAGUUAUGAUAUAGUAGCUGCUUACGACUUGUUAACUACUAACAUUCUAUUCAUUAGUACUCCUUAUUAAUGGAAAACUUGGCUCCUAUUGAACCAAGUUCAAUUUGGUUCCAUGCUAUUGAAAGCAAAUAACAAAACUUCAAGAUUCCAUUCAGACAUUUUUAAUAAAAAAAUAUUCAAAAAUACAUAAAGAGGUAGUCAAUAUGUUAAAAGUUUACAUUUAGUUUACAUUAUUGGACCAUCCAUUUCAGCUUCUGUACAGCAGGUAAUAUUUCUGCGAGACUUCUGACUUCUGAAACAAAAGUAAUUUUGCAAACAUUAUUUUGCCUUUUCAAUUCAACAGUCACCUAUUUUUAGAUAUCCAAUGGAGUACUUAAAAGGUAUGCCUCUAUGUUUAUUAAUUUAUAUUGUAAAGUAUGUAAAUUUUCCAAUACAUUUCAGAAGUAGACUAUAAACAAACCAGGCUAUAAUUAGUUUGUGAAUGGAAAACUCCAGUCUGGACAGUAUAGAACCCUACACUCAAAAUAACUAGGGUUGAAUAUACUGUACAUUCUAAGGAUUUCUUAAAUUAUCACCUUUGAAACAGAAGGGUUCUUCACUUGCAAUAUUGCUACAAUUCAUAAAAGCAUGUCCACAUGAAGGCUGAACAUGGCUAUUUCAGGUUGUUUUUCCCCCAAGGUCAUCUCACCUACAUUCACAAAGGACUCCUCCAAUGAAAAUGGCAGUAAAAACAAGCAUCCCUCAUUGGCAAUCCAAGGGGAAGUGUUUUGGGGUCCUGGGAAGACCUUAAAAUUCUUUGAAAGUAAAUGUGCUGAGCUUCUCAAAAGGUGCAGUCACAGUGUAUCUCUCACAGAAACAUCAUGACUGAAUUGUCCUGCUGAAUGGUUGGCAAUCCCCAAUAAAAUAAGUAGCCAAUAAAAAACACCAUGUCUACAAUCCUUAUGUAAUUACCAUGAAUUUUGCUGAACCAUCCUAAGAUCACUUUCUACUGGACUCUGACAGUAAGAGUGUACAGCAUGUAGGCAUAUAUUCC